AUGUCUGCCGCGAAGAUGAAGGACGACGUCAAGGUUGCCGCUGGGGCAUACCCGGCGAUGGCCCAGCAGCCGUCCGACGUAGAGGCCGCCGACGUCGAGGAUCUCGAUAAGGCCAUGACCUAUGCCCUCGGCGAGAUCGAGGAGCACUUCGACAUCGACUCGGACAACUCGCCCUUCCCCGAGGUCCGCGCCAACGUGCCCAACACGGACGACCCGACCAUGCCCGUCAACACUCUCCGCAUGUGGAUCCUCGGCGUGCUUUUCACCAUGAUCGGCUCCGGCAUCAACCAGUUCUUCUCAAUGCGCUAUCCUGGAGUCACCAUCUCGUCGCUCGUUGCUCAGCUGGUCUCGUACCCCGUGGGCUGCGCCGUGGCUCGCCUGCUGCCCGUGAAGAAGGUCCGCGUCUUUGGCCGCUGGGACCUCGCCAUCAACCCGGACCAUAACUUCAACAUCAAGGAGCAUGCCGUCAUCACCAUCAUGUCCAACCUGUCCUUCGGGCCCUCGUGGGCCACCGAUAUCAUCCAGGCGCAGAAGGCCUCGGCGUUCUACGGUCUCGACACACCGGUGUCCUACCAGUUCCUCCUCGGCUUGUCUAUGCAACUGUUUGGUCUCGGCAUGGCCGGGCUGGCGUAUCGCUUCAUCGUUGAGCCGCCGCACAUGAUCUGGCCGUCGACCCUGGCCAAUGCAGCUCUGUUCCAGACCUUGCAUGGGCGGGCGAACCCCACUGCCGAUGGCUGGAGAAUCUCCAGAUAUCGAUUUUUCCUCUAUGUCUUCGUUGGCGGCUUCUUCUGGUACUGGCUUCCUGGAUACCUAUUCACCGGCCUGAGCACGUUUGCGUUCGUUUGCUGGGCUGCGCCGAAUAACGUGGUGGUCAACAACCUCUUCGGAAUGUCCACAGGCCUCGCCUACCUGCCCACCACCUUUGACUGGUCACAGGUCGCAUACAACGGCUCUCCCCUGGUCGUUCCGUUCUGGGCGCAGGCCAACGUCUUUGCUGGCUGGGUCAUUAUCUUCGCCCUCAUCACGCCCAUCCUGUACUAUACCAACACGUGGUACACAUCAUACCUCCCGUUCUCGGGCGCUAACACUUAUGACAACACUGGCCAGAUCUACAACGCCACGCGUGUUGUCAGCAAGGAUGGCAACUUCAUGAAGGAGGAGUACGAGAAGUACAGCCCCGUCCUCAUGCCAGUGACGUUCGCGUUGAGCUACGGCAUCUCUUUCGCCGUUAUGACCUGCGUGCCGACCUACAUCUUCCUCAACUACUACAAGGAGAUCAUUGGCGCCUUCAACCCGGGCCGAAAGAAGGAUGUUCAUGCCCGCCUCAUCGAGUGGUACCCCGACACCAGGUGGUGGUGGUACGCCAUCCUGACCGUCGUCGUCCUAGUCUUGACCAUUGUCAUACAAGUGGUCUACAAGACCCAGAUGCCGGUCUGGGGCGUCUUCGUGGCCUUUGCUCUGGCCUUGAUCUAUCUGAUCCCUACCGGCAGCGUGUACGCCGUCGCGAACCUCAACAGCAACGUCCUCACAGUACUGGGCGAGAUCAUCUCCGGGUAUGCUCUCCCAGGGAAGCCCAUCGUCAUGCUCAUCUUCAAGUUCUACGCCUACACCGGCCUCAGCCAGGCCAUGAUCUUCUCUUCGGACAUGAAACUCGGGCUGUACAUGAAGAUCCCGCGGCGGACGCUGUUCGUGGCCCAGCUUGCCGCCUGCAUUGUCGGCUCGCUCACGCAAAACGCCGUGCUCCUCUGGAUGCUCAACCACGUCGACAACAUCUGCCACGAGAGCCAGCCCAACGGCUACACCUGUCCACAGGGGCGUGUCAACUUCUCCUCGAGCAUCAUCUGGGGUGCCAUCGGCCCUGCCCGCCUCUACAGCGUCGGCAAGAUCUACUCUAGUCUCUUGCACCUCUUCUGGAUCGGUGCCCUUCUGCCAGUGGUCACCUUCUUUCUCAAAAAGAGAUAUCCGGACAACAAGUUCCUGCGCUACCUCCAUUGGCCGCUUUUCUUCGCCGGCACGGGCAACGUGCCUCCUGCGACCGGCAUCAAUUAUACCUCGGCGUUCGUCGUCUCGUUCGUCUUCAACAAAUGGAUCAAGGGCAAAUUCCCGCAUUGGUGGGCCAAGUACAACUAUGUCCUAUCUGCCGCUCUUGACUCCGGCUUGGCCAUUUCAGCUAUUAUUAUCUUCUUUGCUCUCGUAUUCCCUGGCGUCCAGCUCAGCUGGUGGGGGAACAACGUCCAGGGCACCACAAUCGACGGCCAAAGCAUCCCUCUGAAGGCCAUUCCCGUUAAUGGUAGCUUUGGCCCUGCGACCUGGGCGUAA